CUUCCUCUCUUUCCUUCAAGAACAUCUUCUCGUUCGUUCUUACAGCUCAUACAGUUUCAUCACUCUUGCAAAAGCUUCUCUCUCUACCUCUCACACACCACAGCAAGAAGAUGAAGCAUCUGAUCCGCCGUCUCUCCCGCGUGGCAGACUCCACUCACUACAAUCUCCUCCGGUCAGAUUCGCAACGACGGAGCCGCCGCUCUGAAUUUUCCCUCCGGUCUUCGAUGGCUCGCCGCUUAAAGAAACAUACAUCCUCUGUUCCUCAAGGACACGUACCAGUCUACGUGGGAGAAGAGAUGGAGAGGUUCUUGGUGAGCGCAGAGGUACUCAACCACCCGGUUUUCAUCGGUUUGCUGAAGCGGUCGGCUCAGGAGUAUGGAUACGAGCAAAAAGGAGUUCUUCAAAUCCCAUGCCACGUUCUGGUCUUUGAGCGCAUCAUGGAGUCCGUGCGGCUUGGAUUAGCGGUUCCAAGUGACCUCCAAGAUCUAAUCAGCGAGGAGUGUAUGUGAAGAAGGUUUUUAGAGGAAUCCUUGGUUGGUGGAGAGAGACAGAGAUGGAUCUGGUUGGUUUUUGUUCAGACAGAGAGUAAUAAAACUUCGUUGGUGUUGAUGUACAUAUCUAUAUAAAUAUAUAUAUAUUGUUUGUUGCAAAUUUCCUAAUUUUUUCAGCGGUUUAGGUACCGGUUUGAAGAUCUCGUGGAGAUAUAUGGAAUUUGCUUCGGUUUAGAUGUGAAUGUAAGCUUAAUUCCUGGGUUUUAUUAUAUAUGAAGAAGAUUCCAGCUUC